CAUUCUUUUUUAUUCAGUCAAUAUUCAUACUUCGGAACGAAGAGUCCUAUUUAAAUAAAUUUGAAUAACAAGAAAUAAAAAUGGGUUGCGGUGAAUUCCUCGUUAAAUAUAUUUUGUUUUUUGCGAAUCUAUUUUUCGCGCUGGCCGGUCUAGCCUUGAUCGGCUUGGGUGUGGCCGUUGAACUUCAAGUAAAAGAAAUAAUUAAUGCGGUGGAAUCCAGCAAUGUCCACGUCGCACCAAUUGCGGCCAUCGUAACUGGUAGCGUAGUGUUUUUGAUUGCUUUCUUUGGAUGCUGCGGUGCGGUUAGAGAGAACAACUGCAUGCUUAUCACUUACUCUAUAUUCAUGCUGAUUUUGAUGCUGGCGAAAGUGACCCUGGCUGUUCUGAUCUUCGUUAACUUGGAAGGCUUCAUUAACCAGGUACCACGUUGGCUCAACGAGGCCUUCACCAGGGACCAAACUGGUUUUCACGAAAUUGAGAGAACGUUCAAAUGCUGCGGUCCUACUGGUCCUCUGUCCUACGGCAACCUAGUGCUUCCUGAGACCUGCUGCGCGUCAACCCCCUGCACCCCAUUCAACUCUUAUACCGGCUGCUCCACUCUUGUCGAGGACUUCUUCCAGACAUUUGGAGUAGCUAUUGGUGCAUUGGCUAUCGCUGUUGUCGCAAUUGAAUUGGUGGCAAUUGUUUUUGGUUUGUGCUUAGCUAACCACGCCCGCAACCAAAGCAGGAGGGCCCACUACUAACUUAUUGUUUAACUUAGUCAAAACAUACAAUAAUUGUAUAUUAUUGAAGCAAUAUCUUAAAUUUUUCGGCAUGCACUCUGUAAAUUCUAUUAAAUACCAAGCAAAGGAUGCAAGGAUUUAUAUAUGUUGGAAUAGGGAUUUUUUAUUUGAUAGGCAUAGACAUUAAAUAUUAAAAAAGAAUUUAAGAAUUUUAAUGCUUGUUAAAAUAUAUAUGUCACAAAAAAUCGUAUCUAUUUUUUACUUUAAUUUGUGUUUAGGUUUUAAUUGUGGUUUCUAAGUGUAUACAUUGAUAAUGAGAUUCUAUAUUUGACUUUUUUCGACAUGUAAUCGUUCCUCUUUUAGAAUCCAUCAAGCCUCUAAAAAUUAUAAUCUAGGAUUAGAUUUUAAUUGUUAUAAAGUAAUAAUAGUAGUUUGUCGUAUUAAAAUACAGAAAAAAAAAUUCAUAAGAUUUAGCCGUCGUGACAAUAAAACAUCUACAUUGGUAAUUUUGUUAAAGAAAUACGUUUAUUUUAGAAUGUCUAUGUUAAUUAAGUGUUAAGUUUUAGAAGACGUUUACAAAGGAGUACUCGUAUUUAAAAAUCAAAUCUCAAACGAAAUAGUAACAAUAGUAUGCAUGCAUAUAAAAUAUAUAUUCAACAAUAAACAGCGCCUUAUGAUAAAAAUUGAUCACUUCUACAAGAUCACAUCAUUCGUGUGAAUUCAUAUUUCUAGGCUAUUAUA